UUGAAUCCUGCAUUUAUUCCACUUGAACUUCGCGCAACAUCGACCGUUAAGCCCGAAACAUGUUACGAUAAGGCCAGAGCGAUGUUACAACUUGAAGAGGUGCCUGACCAUUUGCCCUGCCGUGAGAGGGAAUACAAGCAGAUUUAUGACAAGGUAAAAUCUGCAAUCGAAGAAUUUUCAGGACAUCGAAUUUGUGAGUUAUCAUUUGAACUACAUCCCUUCGAGUUUGUUGAAAUUAAUGGAAUGGAAAUGAAACCUCCAGAGAAAGCCUACUCUGCUUUAUGGGAAGCUUUAACGGGAGACUGCAUAGCUGUUAAAGCUGCUGAAGACUUAUUAUGUAAAACUUUUAAUGAACUAUCACAGCGAAAUCCAAUGUAA